AUGGACGACGAAAAUCAAAAUGAGAACUUUUGUAAUGGUAGUCUAAACACUUUGAUUUCAUGGCAAAAACAUUUAAAAGUACGACAGAUGUGCCAAAAAUUUGUAAUGAACAAUAAAAAGUUAACAGUAUUUAUGAACGUUUUAUCAAACCUCAUCGACUUAGGUUUGAAAAAGGAAACUCAUGAUACAUCUACAAUUAGGUGCUUCCAAACUUACGCUCAAGAUAUACCAACCGGCAAUGAACAAGGGAGGUACAUUGCACUAGAUUUGGGAGGCUCAAAUUUUCGCGUACUCAACAUAGAAUUGGACGUAGGACGUCAAUUCCGUAUGGAUCAAGAAACAUUUUCUUGUUCUAAACAAUUAAUGGCCGGCAGUGGAGAAGAAUUAUUUGACUAUAUUGCUCAAUGUUUAAAAGAUUUUUUAACUAAACGUAAAUUGGAAUCAGAAAUCAAUUUGCCAUUAGGGUUCACAUUCAGUUUUCCAAUUUAUCAGUCUAGACUUGAUUCGGCUAUAUUGACAAAUUGGACAAAAGGGUUUACAUGCGACGGAGUGGUUGGAAAUGAUGUGGUAAAACUAUUAAACAGAUCGAUAGCAAAACAUUCAGGACUCAACAUUAAAGUUUGUGUAAUUCUCAAUGAUACUGUUGGAACACUAAUGUCCUGUGCAUGGAAAGAUCCUAACACUAAAAUUGGGUUAAUAAUAGGCACCGGGACAAAUUGCUGUUACCUAGAAAAAAUAGAUAGAAUUGAAAUGUUCGAUGGUGACAGUUCGAAAGAAGAAAUGGUCAUCAAUCUCGAAUGGGGUGCUUUCGGAGACAAAGGUGAACUCGACGAUAUCAUCACAAAAUACGACAAAACCGUGAACAGAAAUUCGGUCAAUCCAAAUCAACAGACUUUUGAGAAAAUGGUUUCCGGUAUGUACCUGGGAGAAUUAUUCAGAUUGCUUCUAUUGGAUAUGGCAAAAAACAACUUAAUUUUUGAUGGUCACGUACCUGAAAUUCUCCUAGUGCCCCAAUCAAUUACUACUAAUGUAAUUUCCACUGUUGAAAGUGACGUACCCGAAACAUAUACACUUUCCAGGCAAUGUUUACAAAAACUUGGAAUUGAAAAUGUGACUGAGAGUGAUCUACUGAAUAUUCGAUAUGCCGCACACUGUAUAUCAAGACGAUCGGCUGAAUUAGUUGCCGCUGGUUUAGCUGUACUCUUGGAAAGAAUGAACGAGGAAAAUAUCACUAUCGGAGUAGAUGGUUCGGUUUAUCGUUUGCACCCUUAUUAUCAUCAAAUAUUGGUAAACAAAGUUAAUGAAUUAGUCAAAGGUAAAUCCAUUAAGAUUAUGUUAUCCGAAGAUGGUAGCGGACGAGGUGCUGCAGUCUUAGCAGCGGCUCUUAAUCAAGUGCACUGCAUAUAUUUUGUAGUGAUACUAAAUUUAGAAUUAUAA